UAGAGGCGCUGACUAGGCGUGACCAGCUGAUAGCUAAAACGCGAGCGUGACGCGUGAUCGUUCUCAGGCUUCUCUCUGUAAUCACAACAAAUCGCGAGGUGAUUAAUAAGCAGAAGUGUUUAUCAUGGCUGCGGUAGCUGUUGAGGAUGACAUUUAUGCAGGAUACAAUGAUUAUUCAUCGGUAUAUGACAUUAAAGAUCUCGAGCAGGACGAAUUAUUUCAAGAGGUUAUUAGAACGAGUUAUGGGAAGAGAUCAGUGUUCACUCCAAAGACACCAGGUACUGCGAUGCGCCUGGGGACGUCGAGCAGGUUUCAAAGAAGCGGCACUACUACAUCUAUGCAGCCUAUGACUGCUGGUUUAAGACCUAUGACGGCAGUGAGGAGCGCCGGAUAUACCAGCAGUAACCGACAGACAUUUGAUCCACUGAAUAUGGGAAGCAGCACCAAAGUCGCUACGCCUGCAUUGGAAAUUAACAAGGAAGACACGCCGGAGGAGAAAAUAAGAGCGACAGAAAGGAAGAUAAUGGGUCUGAUAGAGAGUUCCGCAGAGGCUGCUUCAGAGAAGAACGUGAGAAUCGCAUUGGAACGUGCACGCGAGGCCUCCUCGAGGGAGAGAGCUCUUAUAAGACUGCAGGAACAGGCUGGCCUCAGUGACAAUCAUAAUAUCGACUUGACGUUCGCUGUGCUGUUUAACCUGGCGGUUCAGUACACGAACAACGAAAUGUACACGGAGGCGAUAGCGACUUAUCAGGCCAUAACGAGGAACAAGAUGUUCAAUACUCCCAAUAACGCCAAUAGCGCCAAUAGGCUGAAAGUUAACAUGGCUAAUAUUUACGUGAAGAUGGGUCAACUGUCUCAGGCCAUCAAGAUGUACAGAAUGGCGUUCGAUCAGACCACGACGGCUCAUAAGGAUCUAAGAAUAAAGAUUAUGCAUAAUAUGGGAAUAUUAUUUGUACAAAUGGGUCGGUUAGAAGAGGCUGCUAACAGCUUUGAAUGGGUGAUGCGAGAGAGAUCUGAGUUUAGAGCGGGUUUGCACGCCGUUUUGUGUCAUUUCGCGUUGUCGAACCGUGAUAAGAUGAAAAGAUCGUUCUUCGAAUUGUUAGAGGUUCAACUUAAUGUAGAUCAGGAGGAAAAAUAUAGUAUAAAUCCCGUGAGUUUGGACGAUGCUACAUCUAAUAUAUUAAAUGAAAUCAUAAAAAACGAUGAGUUGUCCAAGUUGGAAAAGGAAAUGAAGUUGGAAGCCGAGAAAACUAUACUUUGUGCGGCAAAGCUGAUAGCACCCGUCAUUGAAGAGACACUUACAGCUGGAUUUGCCUGGUGCGUCGAUGCCAUCAAAUCCUCGGCUUACAGCUUUUUAGCUGCCGAUUUGGAAAUAAACAAAGCCAUGGUUCUUUUACAUAAUCGAGAAACGCAGUUGGCCAUAGACACGUUAAAGAUGUUCGAGAAUCGCGAUACUAAAGCUAACAGUGCGGCGGCAACCAUGCUCUCGUUCAUCUACUAUCUCCAAAGGGAUUACGAUCAAGCGGAGAAGUAUGGUGAGGCAGCUCGCAACGCUGACACGUACAAUGCGUCGGCUUACGUUAAUUUGUCUGCUUGUGCAAUUAGGAAAGACGAGCUGAAUAUUGCUAGGGAAUUAUUACUGUGCGCGUUAGAAACGGACGCUAGUCACGUGCAAGCAUUGUACAAUCUAGGUUUGGUUUAUAAAAAGCAAAAUAUGUACGAAGAGGCUUUAGAGUGUUUCUGGAAAGUCCGCAAUAUCGUGAGACACGAUCCCCAAACUUUGUAUCAAAUUGGUCAUUUAUAUCAGCUGAUGAGUGACAUCGAUCAGGCAUCUGAAUGGUACAACCAACUGUUAGGUAUCAUACCAUCCGAUCCUGGAGUUUUACAAAAAUUAGGAGAGAUGUAUGACCAAAUUGGGGACAAGCAGCAGGCGUUCCAGUUUUAUAGUGAUUCCUACAGAUUCUAUCCUGCUAAUUUUGAUGUGAUAGACUGGCUCGGUUCCUAUUUCAUAUCAAUGCAGGUUGCAGAAAAGGCAUUGAGCUAUUUUAAAAAAGCAGUAGAGCUUGUGCCGGAUGAACCAAGGUGGAGAUUGCUGGUGGCCGCGUGUCUAAGGCGCACUGGACAAUUUCAAAAAGCUCUCGUGGAGUAUCAAGAUAUCUAUAAUAAAUUUCCGGACAAUAUAGAAUGCCUGAAGUUCCUGGUCAGAUUAUGCAGUGAUUUGGGUCUGAAGGAAGCGCAGAUGUACGCAGCCGAAUUGAAAAAGGCUGAGAAAGCCAAAGAGCUAAAAGACAGACAGGGUUCAGGGAGACCAGGUACCACAGGAUCUAGGAAGAGCAACAGCGGCACUUCAUCGCGAGCCGGCUCAGGGUUGAGUGUGUUAUCAGAUCACAGGCCAAGUCCAGAUCGACGACCGAUCUCAGGCCGAAACGAUUAUCAACAAGGAACGAAUUACGCUGAUCCUAUAGGACCUCUUCCUACUCGUCCCAUGACUGCGGCUGGAAAACGGGACGACGAUUUUGGCGACGAGGAACUCGGAGAUGAUCUCUUGCCGGAGUAAUAAUUUUGUGUUCAUUACACAAAUAUUUUAUGUAGAUUUAUACGUUUUAUGAUGACAGAACUGUGCGGAAGUAAGUAGUAAAAUGUAUGCGAAUCAUGUGCAAGGAGCAAGUAAUUUUUAUGUUAAUUUCUUAGCUUUUUUACUUUAUACUUAUUUCAAAAUAACAAAAACACACACAUACACUGUUGAAGUAACAACUAUAAACAAAUUGAAAUUUUGUUAAAGUGAGUUCAAAAUGUUUUUCUUUCAUAGCGCAAUUUUCAUCAAUUUGCGCGAUUGCUAUGAUAUGUAUUCCUUUUUAUAACACCGCACAAUAUUUUUAUCACGUUACUGUUAACAGUUAUAGGUUGCAAUAAAGUCUGCUUUACGUCAGAUAAAAGAGU